AUGCCAAAACCCACCCUUACGGACGAGAUGAAGAAAAUCAUCCGCGAUAAGUACGACUCCACGGAACCAAAGAUGAAAACAGCCGAUCUUUGCGAGUGGGCGGAAAGGGAACUCGGCAAGCCGAUCUCUGCUGCAGUUUGCAACAAUAUCAAAAAGACGUCGAAGCGAAAUAAGCUUGAGAAUCCGAAACGAGCCGCUUUCGAAAGCUUUGUCGCUUUUCAAGCCAAAGUUCUCUUCAAUACUGCACGAAAUCGCACAUCGAGAGCAUCCAUUAUUGAAAUCGCUCAGUAUUGCAGGGAGCUCGAGUUCUUUGACAAGAAGAGUAUUCCUGCGUUCACUCCAUCCUGGUAUUCGAAUCUCCGUGAUUCAUACGGUCUGCCGAAGAAUACUCGGCCUCUUCAAUACGCAUGGAGGCCAAUUGUUCGAACUGCUGCCGAGAGACGCGAAAGAGAUAGACUAGACCAGAUGCGUGCUGAAUUCAGGGUCCGACCCAAAGUGCUCACUCCUUACAGCUGGAAAUUCAUCGACGACUGCUUUCUCUACAACUGGCUCAGCCGUAGCCACAAGGAACUCGAUUAUGACACUAUCCCGGCUGACCGCCCUAAAAUGCCCGUACUCCAGGUCUACAAGAUGCCCAACGAGGCAAAAUCUCCCGACUUCGAAGAGAUCCAGUAA